AAUUAAGCUUUAAACUUCAAUUUCCAUAUGUGUUUAUUUUUGUAGUUUGGAAGGACAGUUUCCCAGAUAUGCUUUGUGUUUCACUUCACUUGUUUAUUUAAUUGUUUAAAAUCUAGCUAGGCUAUUUUGUUCCUGUCUUGUCUUUUUGGACACAAAACCUUCCUGGAAACACAUGGUAGGAAAAACAAAUGCUUUCGUAUCGCCGGCUUUCAGCAUUCUUUAUAGUUUAUAGGGAUUUAUUGCCGCCUUAGUCCCUUCCGCUGGUGUUUUCCUUCACUAUUCUGCUUCUUCUUCAUAAACCUGCAUCUUGUCUACUCCUUUAUCGGCUCCCAAUACCCUAGACCUUUAGGACUAUGAUGAAUUCAUCGGAAAUAACCGAAGAGAAGGAUGAUGAUAGCAGUUGCCUUGUUGAUCCAGAAGUUCAAAAAGAAAGGAUAAGGCAGAUUAUAGAGUAUCAGAAAUCUCUUUAUCGGUCUUCAUCUUCGUCUUCUUCCUCCUCUUCCUCAGCUGCUUCCUGUUCCUCGUUUUCUUCAGCUCGAAAAAGUAGCAGUUUGUUAGGUUUGAUGAAAGUAGGAAACACAUCGUUGAGGAGAUUAUUUGACAUGGAGCAUACAAGUUUGGCGAACCAUUUUGAGGAUUUCAGUGGCUCAUCCAUAAUUAAGCCUAUUCUUCUAUGGGGCAGUGAUACAGACAAUGAAAAUGAAAUGCAUGAUCCAUGGCAAUCCAUCAAGCAGUUUGGACCAAUAAAUGAAUCUAGGAUUGAUGGACCAAGUAAGUUUCCUUCAGAUGGUAGCUUCCGGGAUGGAGAGCGUGGCUUCCGGAAUACAGAGGUAAGAAUUGGCAACCGCAAGCUGACUAGGAAAAAGUCAUUUAGGAGAUUGCCCGGAUUUGGGUUAUGGAGAUGCAGAGGAUUUAGAUUGAGAUUAAGAUUGAGGCGGCUUAGGAUUGCUUUUUGUGGAAGAAAAUAUUAGUAUUUGUCUGCAAACUUGUAAUACAGGAAAACCUCAUUUGUUUAUUUAUAUCAAAAAAUAAAAAAGGGUUAGCUUCUAUUA